AUGUCUCUCUGGAAAUCAUACCGCAAUCUCUCCCCGCGCACACGAAUGAUCUUAGGCCUGGGACUGAUGGGGUACGCCGCGUUUGGGCUAUGGGCCGAGCCUCGUAUGGAAAAAGCGCUAGGAAUGGUGCCUACGGAGGCGGAAAAGGAGGAGCUGGAUAAGAACAUUCGCGUUCGGAUUCGAAGUGUGGAGAAAUGA